UGAUCCGCUCAAAGCAAAAAUCACUAAUAUUCGUGGAGCAAAAGCUGCGUUUGAAACGAUAAAAACAGUAUCACCACCUGAGGAGCUGUUAUGGGUCUACUUGUCUGCAUUUGAUCCCAGCACGACGGACGAUGAAGUUUCUAGACUUGUGAAAGAUUGUCUGGGAAAGGAUAUGCAACCAAAAAUAGUUCGCCUAGUUCCUAAGGAUAAGGAUCUCUCAUCGCUGAGCUUCAUCACCUUCAAAGUUGGCGUUAGCAAAUCAUGCAGGGAUAAGGCUCUGUCCAAAGACUCUUGGCCGGAGAACAUCUACUUUCGUGAAUUUGUGACCAAUUCAAAAAUUCAACGGCCUAUCAUCAGGAUCGCUGCGAAGAAGAAUCCAUCUGGUGGUGGACAGUAGCGCCAAGCUAUCCCGGAUAAACUCGUCUGUCUAAUUUCAUGUUCCUCGGUGAGCGACAUCGAACUACCUGGCGAAUCGGCAACUUCUUCUGUGUCAGUCUGCUGAUGAACACUACUCAAUCGACUCUACCGCUCCAGCGAACCUUCAAUGUCAAAAUGAUAAUUUCGAUCGCAUCGCAUCUGUCCGCUCAGUCAGCCGCUGGACGCAACAGUUAUGACGCAGUCAUUCCCUCCGUAUCGCAGCUUGUUCCCCUUCCUGACAACAGUACAUCCUGCUCUCCCCGCGCUAUUUGCGGUGAUAGUGAUCAUCGAGCCCACAGUCCUGAAACUUGGAAUGCAGCACGAUACCUCUCACAUGACACUGAUGGCGCUUUUUUGUGGCUGGUUCGUUUCACUGCGCAGCCGAAGGCGACGAUAUAA